AUUUCCCCUGGGGGUUUAGCUCUGCCCAGCUCUGCCAACCCAUCUGGGCACUUAGCACACCUCCCCUCCCCCAGGCCCAGUCUCACAGAGCUUCUUGAACCUUCUGUCUGUCCCUACCCCCCAUGUAGGUCUCCUGCUCCCCUGUCAUGGGGACACUGGGCGGGCACUGGGCCUCGCCCCAAGCCCCGCCUGCCUCCUCAUGCACUCCCUAUGGCUCCCUGGGGCAGAACUGUGCCCAGACGGGUGGGGCGGGGCCCAGCGGCCCCGACUUCUUCUUCAGCCUUUUCUGUCCCUUUCAGUGGGGCCAGCAGGCCGCCGCGAAGAGGGUGCCCUUCACUUUGAGCCCCUCUACCCGGGCUCCCUCUUCCCAGCCCCGGCCCAUCGAGUCUGGACCCAGCCUCCUUUUCCCCGCCCGAAUCCUGCUGUGUCCUGACCUUCCUGCCUGGUCUGAGUAGGGUCAUGGCCUUGAGGGCAGGUGACCACAGCCAGGUUGCAAUGAACGGGCUGAAGGAGAAGGUGCUGACGCUGGACACCAUGAACCCGUGUGUUCGGAGGGUGGAGUACGCGGUGCGCGGGCCCAUUGUGCUGCGCGCCCUUGAGCUGGAGCAGGAACUGCGCCAGGGGGUAAAGAAGCCCUUCACUGAGGUCAUCCGCGCCAACAUCGGGGACGCGCAGGCCAUGGGGCAGAAGCCCAUCACCUUCCUGCGUCAGGUCCUGGCCCUCUGUGUGCACCCUGAUCUCCUGAACAGCCCCGACUUCCCUGAGGACGCCAAGAGGAGGGCUGAGCGCAUCUUGCAGGCAUGUGGGGGACACAGCCUGGGGGCCUACAGUGUCAGCUCGGGUAUCCAGCUGAUCCGGGAGGACGUCGCCCGGUACAUCGAGCGGCGCGACGGAGGCAUUCCCGCAGACCCCAACAACAUCUUCCUGUCCACCGGGGCCAGCGACGCCAUCGUGACGGUGCUGAAGUUGCUGGUGGCGGGAGAGGGUCCCACCCGCACAGGCGUGCUCAUCCCCAUCCCGCAGUACCCGCUGUACUCCGCGGCGCUGGCCGAGCUCGAUGCUGUGCAGGUGGACUACUACUUGGACGAGGAACGCGCCUGGGCCCUCGACGUGGCCGAGCUGCGGCGCGCCCUGUGCCAGGCGCGUGGCUACUGCUGCGCACGCGCACUCUGCAUUAUCAACCCUGGCAACCCCACUGGACAAGUGCAAGCCCGCGAGUGCAUCGAGGCGGUGAUUCGCUUUGCCUUUGAGGAGCGCCUCUUCCUGAUGGCUGAUGAGGUGUACCAGGACAAUGUGUAUGCGGAGGGUUCGCAGUUCCACUCGUUCAAGAAGGUGCUCAUGGAGAUGGGGCCGCCAUACGCGACACGGCAGGAGCUCGCCUCCUUCCACUCGGUCUCCAAGGGCUACAUGGGCGAGUGCGGGUUCCGCGGCGGCUACGUGGAGGUUGUGAACAUGGACCCUGCGGUGCAGCAGCAGAUGCAGAAGCUGAUGAGCGUGCGGCUGUGCCCGCCGGUGCCGGGCCAGGCCCUGCUGCACAUGGUGGUCAGCCCACCCGCGCCCUCCGACCCCUCCUUCGCGCAGUUCCAGGCGGAGAGGCAGGCGGUGCUGGCCGAGCUGGCGGCAAAGGCAAAGCUCACGGAGCAGGUUUUCAACGAGGCCCCUGGUGUCCGCUGCAACCCGGUGCAGGGCGCCAUGUACGCCUUCCCUCGCGUGCAGCUGCCCCCGCGCGCCGUGCAGCGCGCUCAGGAGCUGGGCCUGGCUCCCGACAUGCUCUUCUGCAUGCGCCUUCUGGAGGAGACCGGCAUCUGCGUGGUGCCAGGGAGUGGCUUUGGGCAGCAGGAAGGCACCUACCACUUCCGGAUGACCAUUCUGCCCCCCAUGGAGAAGCUGCGACCUUUGCUGGAGAAGCUGAGCCAGUUCCACGCCAAGUUCACCCGAGAAUACUCCUGAGCCCCGCCCCCGUUUGGGGCCAGGCUGGGCCGGCCCUGGACUACCAUGGCCAGGGCCCUCCCUGGGGGUCUCUGGAGCCCUCUGGACUUGCUCCCGCUACCUGUGGGGCUGGGCCCCUGCCUUUCUGCAGACCCUUAAUAAAGCUGAAGCAGCCUGACUACCUGGAGGCCGGCUGUGUGCACACCCGUA